AUGGAACACAAUCUUUCACCUUUACAGCAAGAAGUAUUGGACAAAUACAAACAGCUUUCUUUAGAUCUAAAAGCUCUGGAUGAAACUAUAAAAGAACUAAACUAUUCGCAACACAGGCAACAGCAUUCACAGCAAGAAACUGUAUCGCCAGAUGAGAUACUACAGGAGAUGAGGGACAUAGAGGUCAAAAUUGGUUUAGUUGGGACACUGCUAAAAGGUAGCGUGUACUCGCUUAUCUUGCAAAGAAAGCAAGAACAGGAGUCUUUGGGUAGCAAUUCUAAAUAA